AUGGCUUCCGAACAAGGUCCUGUCGCGACAGAAGCCCCGUCUUUCCCGUCGACAGCUCUUCAGCCCUCGAUUUCGCAAGCGCCUGUCUCUGUCGAGUCUCUGACGGCCGAAGCUGCUCGCGCGACGCAGUCGCUAAAGAGGCAGCGUGAGGCAACGCCGACCUCGCCCUCGUCUGUGCUGCCGCCGCCUCUGUACCGCGAAACUUCACCGACGAAAGCUGCUAGGACUGCGGGGUUAACAUCCAGACACUCUCCUGCCCCGAUGACAGCCGCUGCUGCGAUUGAAGAAAACAGACGUAGAGACGAAGAACAAUACAGACUUCAGGUCUCUGGUGCCAGCGAAAACCCUGCUUACAGAGCACAAACCGCGCUGAUGUCUGCGAACGCUCUCGCCAUGAGCCGUCCUCAAGAUGUGCCGCCGGCGGGCGACGUGCAGCCCGACGCUCCUCAGCCUGAUUCCAUUCCCAUGCACAACAUCGGAGAAUCCGACCCGAAGCCAGACGUUAGUCCUCUCAGCGCGACAAGCAUGGCUAGCUUGGGUAGUUCUGGCGUGCCGGUCGCAACCAGCCCAGCACCCAUGGAUCUCGAUGGGCGCAACAACCAGCCUGGCUUCGGCGCACAGCCGCCAGCCCAGAUGGAGGAGAAGGGGGCAAUCUCGCUAUCGUACCCUGGCAUCCUACCACCGGCGCCAAACAUGCCAGCUCCUCCUGCUCGUGGAAUGAGUAUGCCCAUGACCCCUAACGCCCAAACGCCGCGAUCGCCAAACUCCAAGAAACACAGAUGCCCCUAUUGCGAAACCGAGUUUACGCGUCACCAUAACCUGAAGAGCCAUCUCUUGACCCACAGUCAGGAGAAGCCGUACGUCUGUCAAACGUGCCAAAUGCGCUUCCGCCGGUUGCACGACCUAAAGCGCCACUCGAAGCUUCAUACUGGUGAGAAGCCUCAUAUAUGUACUAAGUGCGAUCGCAAGUUCGCUCGUGGCGAUGCGCUUGCAAGGCACGCUAAAGGGCCUGGCGGUUGUGUAGGUCGCCGGAGUAGCCUGGGAAGCUAUCUCGGCGAAGACGACACAGAGGGGGCAUCACACAUGGAGGGAGACGACUCGACGAUGACCGGUGUUGUGUACGAUGGUACUGCGAGCGAAGUUGACAUGACUGAGGAGGAGAGACGACGCCUCAGCAGCGUACCUAGUAUCAAAGCUCAGCACGUUCAAGGUAAUGAUACUCUCCCCAACACUUUCACCAUGCAGUUGCCAACACAUCCUCUUCCAGACGCAAGCGCAGGCCGACUAUUUCCCCCGAAUGUGGAACGUGGCUCAGCAAGCUCAAAUCCCUCUCACACACCGGGUACAAGCAUCUCAUCUAUACCCAUGGUUGGCAAUCCUUCCAUGUACGCUCAGAGCGCCAUGACGGAGAGCCCCAAGCCUCUGAGCCCGUCCGCACUACCAGGACACGACGCUGCGAACCUUAACAGACAGCGUUCGCCAAGUUUGACUACACAAUUUCAACAGCAGCAUUUCGGUCGCCACCAAUCAGACAGAAACGCACCCCUAGGUUCGUAUACCCAUGAGUUCGAUAUCACUGCGUGGCUGUUUACUGAGACGGCACUAGUACAUGGCUUCACUGCCGCUGAUGCCGCCAAGUACGCUGCUUCGGCUGCUAGUGCUCAAGGCACUGCGCCAACGUCACAGUCAGAAUCGGGUAGCUCGAAUCAGCAGCAAAUGGCACCGGCCGCUCCAGUGGGCCACACGCGCACCCCAAGCGGACCAGGGCAGAACGGCGGAAGCGGCGAUAGCUCAAGCAAUAACAUUUUCGCAACAGAUCACGGAAUCUGGGCCUACAUACAUAGCCUUGAAGAACAAGUCAGGCAGUUGAACGAGCGAGUUCAAGCAAUGGAAGCCACGAAACAGGACCAAGACGAGAGGAUUGCGUAUCUCACCAACGAAGUGACGAAUAUGCGGUCCCAGGUUGAUACGAGAACGGAGGCAACUGAACGAAUCGGUUAG